GACACAUCCCUGCCACUCACCGGUCACCACCCCUAUACAAUACCACACCGAUCGGGAUUAGCUACCACGCGGUGCCCUGUGUAGUUGUUAUAGCUAGUGAUCAAGUCCGCGCGUGCGUGCAAGUGAGACUAACCCGGUGGCAGGCUUGCGAUGGCUGGUGGAGGGUUCGCCGUGGCCGAUGCCCCGUCGGGCGACUACGGCGGCGGCAUAACCUUCUCCGUCGUGGUCACCUGCCUCAUGGCAGCCUCCGGUGGCCUCAUCUUCGGCUAUGACAUCGGCAUCUCAGGCGGCGUGACGGCGAUGGAGUCAUUCCUGGAGGAAUUCUUCCCGGGCGUGCUCAGACGGAUGGCGGCGGCGCGGCGGGACCAGUACUGCGUCUACGACAGCCACGUGCUCACGGCGUUCACGUCGUCGCUGUACCUGGCGGAAAAUUAUGUUUCCUUUCAUUUAUUUGUUUAA